CACACACAAACGUUAUUUCCAGACUGAAGUGAUGGAUCGCAGCUCUGCAGUGCUGCAGACCAACAUUAUUACAUAUCACAUGUGACAUUCCUGCACAACAGCUGGCUGCUGGGAUGUUGUCGCCAUGGAGACAGGAAGGGAUCCAUGCCACAGGUUAAAUAAACGGAGCUGAAGUUACUGGUUUUACCUGAAUCAUCAGAAGGAAGUUUGUGUCGCCGGCUGCUCUCUGUCCUAGUUUACCUUUAAUGGCUGCACGGAGCAGCUAGUAGCUCUGCUGCCCUGCAUGGUUGCAGGUUCGAAUCCUGACUGCAGAUGUUGUCCGGAGCAGAGAGGCAGUGCUCGUUAACCUGAGCAGCAGCCAUGUUCUCCAGCCUCUUCUCCUCCUUCUCUCCAUCCCUCCUGCUCCUCUCCCUCGUUGCUCUGGUUCUGGUCUCAGUCCUGAUCUCACAAUGGUUUGGUUCUGUAACCAGAAACCCAUCUGGACCUCUGGACCCCAGCUCCAUCCCCUGCCUGCCUCACCUACCAGUCCUGGGGAGCCUCCCCUGGCUAGGGGGAGGCCUUCCCCCUCACCUUCUCUUCACCCAGCUGGGCCACAGGUUGGGACCUCUGUUUGCGCUCUACCUGGGUCCUCAUUACACGGUGGUGGUGAACAGCCACACACACGCCAGAGAGGUUCUGCUGCAGAGAGGGAGGGACUUCGCCGGGCGACCGAGCAUGGUCACCACCGAGCUGCUGACCAGAGGAGGGAAGGACAUCGCCUUCUCAGAUUAUUCUCCUCUCUGGAAGUUCCAUCGCCGCCUCGUCCACAACUCCUUCACGCUGUUUGGAGAAGGAACCAGCCGGCUGCAGGAAGUCGGUUGGUGUUCAGCAGCACCUAUCGCCCUGGCGAGAAGGAGCUACAGGAGGUGAUCCGGUACAACAACGGCAUUGUAGAGACGAUCGCCCAAGGAGGACUGGUGGACAUCUUCCCCUGGAUGAAGUACCUCCCUAACAGGUCUCUCAGGAAGCUGAAGGAAUGCAUCACCAUCAGAGACCACCUGCUGAGCAGCAAGCUGCAGGAACACAAGGAAUCGCUGACUGAUGGAGAGCCGCGUGACCUCCUGGACGCAUUACUAAAAGGUCAGACCAGCAGUGGGAGGGGCCAAAAGUCACAUGGCUCAGAGGGAGCGGGGAUAACUGAUGAUCACAUAUUAAUGACGGCGGCUGAAGCUUUUGGAGCUGGAGUAGAGACAACAUCCACUACUCUGCUGUGGAUCCUGGCUUACCUGCUGCACCACCCUGAGGUCCAGGAGCGUGUGCAGAGGGAGCUGGAUGAGCAGGUGGGCGCUGAGCGUCCGGUGAGUGUGUCAGACCGUGGUCGACUGCCCUACUUGGAUUGUGUCAUCAACGAGGGCAUGAGGAUCCGACCUGUCAGUCCGGUGCUGAUCCCCCAUACCGCCAUGACCCACAGCAGUAUUGGAGGUUACGCUGUGAGUCGCGGAACACGUGUUCUGGUCAACAUGUGGUCGAUCCACCAUGACCCCCGACUCUGGGACAAACCGGAUCUGUUCCUCCCAGACCGUUUCCUUGACGACCAAGGCCAGCGCGUCACACCAGCCUGCUUCCUUCCAUUUGGGGCGGGGCCUCGAGUCUGCGUUGGUGAAUCACUGGCCAGACUGGAGCUUUUCCUCUUCCUGUCUUCUCUGCUCCAGCGAAUGAGCUUCAGGCUUCCUGACGGGGAUCCCCCCCCUAACCUGCAGGGGCGUCUGGGUGUGGUCCUGCAACCACUGCCUUAUAAAGUCAUAGUCACUCCCAGGUCAGGAUGGGAGGGUGGAGCAACAAAAGUGGGGAGUGGCUAAAUGUCAAAGCAGAAAUCUUAGAAAAGCGUCCCGUUUAAAUGUUUAAUGAAGUAAAAGUCGUUAGAAUAUAAACACAGAUGUGAACUUUUGCUCAUUGGUCUUUUUGUCAAUGUCCAAAAACAGAUACAACAUCAACGGUCUUAUGAAACUUUGGUGUCUUACAAGCAGCUUUCAAUUCUUUAGCGUAAGCUAGAUAUAUUAAAUGUGUUUUAUUGUCAUUAAUAUCGGUAAGAUGAAGUAUUUCCUCUCUUCAAUAAACCAAUAAUCUAAUGAA